UGUAAUCACAACAUGAUCUCGUGUGCUGAGCAGCGAAGCCGGCAGGGAGAGGCCGGCAGAGGCCCGGCUCCGGUGGCUCCAGCUUCCCUCCUGCUCUGGUUCCCCCGGGGCUGUUCUGGAAUUCUCUUGGUGCUCGCUGUUGCCAUGCACUCAGCUGGGCCUCACAGAACUGAAUCCCUGAUGAGCAAGCAAGAAGAGAAGGAUGCUGAGCUGGAUCGCAGGAUAGUUGCCCUGCGCAAGAAGAAUCAAGCCUUAUUACGUAGGUACCAGGCCUGUCAGCAUCUGUGUCUCUGUGCAUCUGGGGGGCCGUGGCCUGUGUUGACCCCCAGCCCUCCCACAGGAGAUCCAGGAAGACCGUCGGCAGGCUGAGCAGGGGGGUAUGGCUGUGACUACAUCCGAGCUCCUCCGACCUGAUGGCCUCACCGUCACCAUCAGCCAGAUUCCUGGUGAAAAGCGGGUGGUCAGCAGAAACUGGGCAAGGAGCCCCCUCAAACCUGGAGUGGCCCAUGAGAUGCUUGAGGAUGAAGAUGAUGGGGACCAAACUUUCUUUUUGGGGGAACGAGUGGAGCUGGCCGUGACCAUGGAAAAUAAAGCCAAGGCCAAACGGAUCGUAAGUGAAAAGCCUGCCAGAGCAAGGAACCAGGGGACAGAUCAGCCACUUGGAGCAAGCCAGGGCCACAGCCCCUCCAUGCAGAUAGCCACCAGCUCAGAUUCUUCACGGAAGGGUGCUCGUGAACCCCGGAGUCCCGGCGUGGUCCCAGGCCUAGCUCCCAGAAGGCCAGUGGGGGAGCCCCCAGAGGUGGGCUGGGACUAUGCACAGUGGAAGCAGGAGCGGGAGCAGAUUGACCUGGCGCGCCUUGCCCGGCACAGAGAUGCACAGGGUGACUGGCGCCGCCCGUGGGACCUGGACAAGACCAAGCCCACGCUACAGGACUGCAGCAAGCCUAGGGACGAGGGCUCGGCCAGGGCGGGAGGCAGAAGGGGACCCAGGACCCACUGGAAGAUACAGCCCCCACCAUUGCCACCUGAUGGAAAAGGUCGGGGUGGACAGCUUGGCAGACCCUCCGUGGCGAUAGCCACAGUCAGCAAAGCCCGAGGAACAGAAAGGCUGACUGGCAGAGCCCGAAGGUGGGACAUGAAGGAAGAUAAAGAGGAGCUGCAGAGUCAUGAAGGAAGCCAGAGCUCCAGAAAGACAUCCAGUGCAGAGGAGGAGCAUGAACAGAAGCAGAGCGAGACAGAGCCAGGCCGACUAGAGAGGAUUCCUGCAACUAGCCCAACCCUGCCAUCCCCAGAGGGGCCACAAGGGGACUCAGCAGCCUCCACAGCCAGUUCAGUCCCUUGCUCUCUGGAAGAAACUGACUUGGCUCCCCUUGACCUCUCUCUAGGAGGAGCCAGCAGUCCUGGGCCUGGAGAGAGCAUUUGUAUGCUCAGUCCAAGGCCUGAGGCCCAGGAGAGUUCUGUGUCCUGGCCAGAUGGCUCUGAGCAGCAGCCCCUGGGAUGGAAUGCCCAGCAGUCUGGGCUAGAUGUCCAGACUUGCUCUGAGCCACAGAAAGGAACCGGGGUUUUAGAGCCCAGAGAGGACAAGUCUAGCAAGGCAGGGGCCCAACAGAGACUGGUAUCAAAAAGCAGGGCCCCCAGAGGAACAGGUCAAAGGGGGAGAGGCUCAGGUGUGAGGAGUAGGACAGGAGGUCCUGGCCCUUCAGGAAGAUGCUGAGCAUAGUGCAUGGGAGAUGGGGAUCCAGGCUGGGGAGAAGAGGAGGGAAGAACUCAGUUGAGAGUCUUCUGCAUGAUGGGCAUCUGAUUGCCAGUGAGCUUGUGCCAGUCUGACUGAGCAGUGUGGCAAACUCUGUGGCAGGGCCAUCUUAUGAGGGCAAGGAGUUGCCUCCUCCCUGCACAGGAUGUACACAUCUCUGUGCAGUUUUCAUGUACAGGCACAACCCCUGGUGUAUUCCUAAGCUGGUGCCUGGUGUCUAAAGCUGGUAUCACUGACCUGGGCCUACUGCUGCCCAAGCCACAAGUCUUUCCUACCUUUGCAAGACAGCAAAGCUUAGUAGCACCCAGCAAUGGACUCUCUUACUCCCCAUUGUCCCCUGGGGCCUGGCUGCUCUCUCCAGCUGCAGGCUUUUGUCUCUUCAGGUCCAGGUAGCCUCAAAACUGUCACAGCCAACUCAGGCUCAAGCCCUUUCCCAUACCCCUGCCUUUCACCCAGGUGACCCAAGUCCCAGACCCCUGGGAUGGCCAAACCAGGGGAAUCUUGCCAGCCUCCUGUUUCUCCUGGAAAGGAGGAUGAGAUCCAGAAAGAGGGAGGUCUUGCAGCUGACAGGGAUUGGAUUGGGAAGAGAAAGGAAGGUGUCUGAAAAGGUCUUCUCUCUGCAGUGAAAUGGGCUGGGCAGGGGACCACCUCCUGUGCCCACAGCAGGUGGGAGAGCUCACUAGCAGGCAUGCCCCUCUUCAACACCCAGGUCAGACAUCCCAUGCACUCUGAAUGGAGACAAGGGCCUGGCCCUGCAUCUUGGGGUCCUUUCCUGCCUUUUCUUUCUUUUUCUCUUCCCCCAACCUCUCCACUGUGGACUCAGAGACUUGAAAGACAGAACACAAUUCCAGCUAAGUACGGACAUUAGGACUUGUCUUUCUGACUUAAUCUCCAUUCCUACCCCUCCCUGGAGGCCCACGUCUGGUGAAUUAUCCAGGCUCUGCACAAGCUGUGGCUUCCUUUCAAUUCAGUGAACAUUUCCUGAGCACCCUCUACCAGUAAUCUACCCGGUGGGCGACAGUGACUCUGCAACUCAGUCAUCCGGCAGCUCUAGGCUGAACAGCGGGAGCUGUUCUUGGCUGUAGGUGCCUGACAGUGCUGGGGGCAGAAUGGUGGUAGGAGCCCAAAGAGAACCAUUGCAUCUAUGCUUGGCUGAGGCAGGUGUUCCUCUCUUUUUUAUGUGACACAUGCCAUUUAUUCCUGAGUUUGUGCCUGGAUCUCACCGUGGCCCCUUCUGCUUCCUUCCUCUCUGACCCUACAUGGUUAUUCCUUUCUGGAGGGUUGUGGGCCUCUCAUUGCCUUCUGAGGCUCUAGGGAGACUCCUGAUCAUAUCCAAGGUGACUCCACCAUUAUAUGUGAGGCCUGAACUGGGGGGUCCUAGCUCAGGCUUCCUCACUAGCUUUUGGCUUCACUCCCAGCCCGCCUACUCAGAAAGGGGUAUCUCUUCCUGACUGUUUAGAAAACUCUUCUCACACUCUCAUGUGAAGAGUCAUGCAGAUUCUAAUGUCAGGUCUGGGGAAAACCUGAGAGCUUGCACCUCUCAUAGGCCCCAGGUGAGGCCUCUGCUGUUGGCUCCUGAACCGUACCUUUUAAGUGGCAAGGGUCUGGACUAUAAAAUAUGUUGAGGACUGGGGGCCAAGGCCACCUCUAGAUUCUAAGAAUGGGUUACUGGCUUUGUAGGGAUUGGGGGAAUGCUACCCUUACCAGGUGGAGGGGGCUUCCUGGCUUCAGAGUACAGUGGGAAACAGAGGCUCCUGGGAAGAUACUUUAGAGGGCAGUGUCAACUCCCUGGUACACCAAGAAGCAGCUGGUCAGGAAUGUGAUGGGAUGAAGCUGGUGAAAGCGUUGGUGUGGGGUUGAUCAAUGGAAGUUUAAAAAGGCUUGGAAACAUUCCUAUGCAUGUGGGGUGUACCUGGGCCAAGGGUGAAGUAUCCAAACUCAAGUUUUCCUCUUGCUUUCCUAGUCACAAUUAUAUGACUUUGGAGUGUGGCACAAGUCCUGGAGCCCAUGACUCCCAGAGAAUGGGACUUGGGUAGAGCAGGUUUAGGCAGAGCCCUUGAAUUCAGAUGUCUGAAAACUAUUGCAAUCAAGAAUUUGAUUUCUGGACUGAGGAUGUAGCUCAGGGAUAGAGUGUAUGUUUAACAUACAUAGAACCCUGUGUUCAAUCCCCAACACAAGAGAGAGAGAGAGAGAGAGAGAGAGAGAGAGAGAGAGAGAAUUCAAGAAAGAGAAUUUGAAUUCUAAGAAUCACAAUUUGUUCCCAAGCCCCAAUACUUGUACAGAUAUGCCUUCAGUUCAGGUUAUAGACCAAAGCAUGUUUGACCAUGGGAUGAGAAUGUUGAAAUUGGGCAGAGCUCUGGUUCAGUUAAAAAGGUUCCUAAGCAGGAGAGAAAGCUGGGCAGAUGGGCUAUGAGGACAUGAGGCAGAAUUCUUUCCACAAGGUAAUGUCCAGAAAGCUGUUAGGAGGAAGAAUGUCCUAAGGGUAAGAGAAAAUAGAUACUAGUGUUAGAUAUCUUCAUCUAGAAGGUAGUAGUACAGGUAAAAAUCACUGAACUUUUCCUGAAACGGGAAUUCUCUUCUUUGUGACAAAGGAAGCGACAGUUAUAGCGGCCACCCCUCUUGCUCUAGGAUAGAACCAGCUAUGGAGCAGGAGGGAAGUGUAGUUAGGCAGGAGAGAAGUGUAGUUAGGCAGCCCGCCAUAGCCCUCAAGGCCUUGGAGAGCUGACAGUAUCCUUUCCUAGCUCCUUUGUUUAAUGGCUUGGCUGAUGGAGCCUUCGUUUAGGAUGCCCUUUUCCUCUCCAACCACCAGACAAGACUACUCUUCAAAAGUGAAAGUCCAUCAGAGUCUAGGGAUGUGGCUCAGUGAUAAGAGGGCUUGCUUAGCAUGCUUGAGGCCAUGGAUUCAACCUCCAGCACUACAAAAAAGAAAAAAGGUUAUCAGGAACCCAGGGGUAUAGUGCUGGAGGAGGUGAGCAAGGAGGAUACACAGAAGUGAGAAGGAGCCAGCAGGGAGAGUUCUCAAAACAAGGAGAGGAGGAGAGGCCAAGGCCUUUUUGUCUGGGGCCCAUCUCACUUUGACAAAAGGGGAAUACAAUAGACCAGACUUCCAGAAAGGUACAUGUUUUGAUGACAAGCAGUGUGGUGGAGUGGAACAAACACAGGUCUUGCCCUGCAAUAGACUGAAUCUGAACCCUAGGCCUGUCAUCUGUCAGAUGGGUGACCUUGGCCAAUUGUAACUUCUAAAAGCCUCAGUCUCCUUAUCUGAAAAAUGAGACUAGUAAUAUCCACCUUGAAGGAUUGUUGAGAAAAUUAAAGAUAAGAGCAUGCAAAAUAUACCUGGCAUGCAGGAGCGACUCAAGUAGCAGUGGCCUGGCACAUAGGAGACACACAGUGAAUUUGCUGAAUAAACAAAAUGGCUAUUUGGUGUAA